CUGCUGAUCCAGGCCAUGCACGACCUGCCCCCUGACUCGGGCACGCGGCGGGGCGGACCCGCGGGAGCCCGGGCUCGGGGCCAGCAGCCACCUCUCCCCCACGGCGCAGCCGUGCGCCGAGCCUGCAGCCCCCGAGGCGGCGACCGCCCUUCGCAGCAGGUGUCCCCGCCCCGGUCGCCUCCGAAGGAGUCGGGGGUUGGACGGCCGCCGAGUCCUCGGGUGAGGCUGUCCAGUUGCAGGAGUCUCGAGAGCCUCCGCGUCAGCCCCCAGCCGCCUCUGCUCCAGCGGUGGGCGAGCGACAGCUGGAUCCCGUGCGGUGCGCACAGGGACAGGGACGAGCUCCCGCCACGUGGAGGUGGGAUGGACGGCUGGAGCCGGGGCAGCCACUCGGCUGCUGCCUCCGCCGCCCUCCUGCCUUCCAUCUGCCAGGACCCGAGCCGGUCCUCGGUGCGUCCCUAUAGGGAUCUUGCGGUGACCUCUGGGGUAUCCAGCAGCCAAGAGGAUCGUCCCGAGGGGCCUCCCCUCCUCAAGCCACCCGCGGUGACAGUCAAGAAGCUGCAGAGGUGGAUGUACAAAGGACGCUUGCUGUCCCUGGGGAUGAAGGGUCGUGCUCGUGGGACAGCACCCAAAGUUCCCGGAGCUCAGGCAACCUCUCCAAAUUUGGGCAGUUGGAAAGUGCAUGAAAACCACGUCCUCUCGAUGACCGCGGACCAAAGACUCACACUGACAGCAGACUUAUUUGAAAAUGUCUAUGGCUCUCCCUCGAAGAGAAGAGAACCUGAAGACGUAAAGGAUAAUGCGGAGCUUAGAGGUCACCAGCCGCUUAACCACAUCACUGUUUCAAAGAAACGCAAUUGGCUGUAUCAGAGCACCCUGAGAUCUCAGAGUCUGGAAGAGAGUAAGCGAUGUCAAGACAGAAGGAAUUUCUGCCUCUCCCCCGUGUCUCCCCCCAAAUGUGGGUCAUCGCAGCCUUUCCGUAAGUCCCCCCAGGACCGCUGCACACAUGGGACCUGUGACGCUGCCAGCUCUCCAGUGUCGGGAACCUGCUCGUUAGACUUCAGCGAGGAUAACGAUGCUGAUGACGAAGGAGAAAUAUGGUACAACCCCAUCCCCGAGGAAGACGAGCUGGGCAUAGCAAGUGUCUUGAGUCUUGAGGAGGCGAAUGCUGCCACAGUGAAGCUCUCUGCUCUCAGUGUGAACAUGUUGUCUGCUAGAGACCUGAGGAAGGCUGAGCCUCCUGGUGAAGAGUUGCCGUGUCCUGCCCAUUACCACACAGGUGAUGUCCAGACCACACACUCAAAUGGAAUUCAUCCUGUCGAUUCCGUCCAUUCUGCAGGAGGUAGGCAGCAGUUCAGGCCACGGUCACGACUCAGGACACAGGACGGCGUGAUGGCAGAGGACAGCCCGGUGUUGAGAUCUGCUUUUACAGGCCCUGGGAUCUUAGUUCCUACCAAUAGGACUGAAAUGAGAACUUUGGCGCCAUCUUCUCCAAGCCCCAGCCCUGUGAAGAAAGGCGGUUCCAUGACUUGGUCUUUGCCGGAUAAAAUAAAAUCUCCACGCACCGUGAGGAAACUUUCCAUGAAAAUGAAGAGGUUGCCAGAAUUCAGCCGGAAGCUGGGUGCCAGGGGAGCCUCGCACUACAUAAGCAGUCCGGAUGGUGCCCCUUCGUUGUCCAAAUGUAACUGUCGCCAGCUGCCUCAUAGCGUUUCCCUGUCCUCUGGGAACCCAACCAGGAAUGUGAUAAGCCGGUACCAUCUCGAUACCACCGUCUCGUCUCAGCAGAGCUACCAGAAGAAAGCCACUGGGAGCUCCAAGUAUGCCUGCAAGGGCGGUUACCUCAGUGACGGAGACUCGCCUGAACUCAGAACCAAAUCUAGCAAGCACGCGUCCGAGCACAGACUUGGAAAAGGGAGAGAAAGCACUGCAAGCAGUUGUAGCAAGAAUGAAAUAGAUAUAGACGCCUUUAGACAUUACAGCUUUGCUGACCAGCCCAAGUGCUCCCAGUACAUAUCGGGGCUCAUGAGUGUGCACUUGUACGGCGCAGAGGGCUUAAAGCCACCCCGGCUAGAUUCAAAAGAUGUCUUUUGUGCAAUUCAGGUAGACUCGGUCAACAAAGCCAGGACAGCUUUGCUCACCUGUCGGACGACGUUUUUAGACAUGGACCACACUUUCAACAUAGAGAUCGAAAAUGCGCAGCAUUUGAAACUGGUGGUGUUCAGCUGGGAGCCCACCCCAAGGUGAAACCGAGUGUGCUGUCAUGGUACAGUUGUCCUGCCCUCUUUAUUCAGGGUGACAAAGACCCAUCACCUGGCUGUCAAACUGGAACCCAGAGGCCUUAUUUAUGCCAAGGUGACCCUCAUGGAACAGUGGGAGAAUUCUCUGCACGGCCUGGAUAAAAACCGAGAAUCAGUCAUGUUUGGUGUUGACAUUCAGAAAGUUGUGGAGAAAGAAAAUGUGGGCUCCAUGGUGCCGCUGUUGAUACAGAAAUGUAUCGUGGAAAUUGAAAGGCGGGGUUGUCAGGUUGUAGGCCUGUACCGAUUGUGUGGUUCGGCAGCGGUCAAGAAAGAGCUUCGGGAGGCUUUUGAGAAGGAUAGCAAAGCUGUCGGUCUGUGUGAAAGCCAGUACCCAGAUAUCAAUGUGAUAACAGGUGUUCUCAAGGACUAUCUAAGAGAGCUUCCUUCUCCACUGAUAACAAAGCAGCUGUAUGAGGCCGUGUUAGAUGCAAUGGUGAAAAGUCCCUUGAAAAUGUCGUCAAAUGGUUGUGAGAACGAGUCCAGUGACUCCCAGUUCGCUGUUGGCCUACUGAAUUGCUUGCCGGACGUUGAGAAGGCAACCCUAAAGAUGUUGUUGGAUCAUCUGAAAUUAGUAGCUUCGUACCAUGAAGUGAAUAAGAUGACUUGCCAGAAUUUGGCUGUGUGCUUUGGACCAGUGUUGCUUAACCAGAGGCAAGAGACUUCGACCCACAACAACAGAGUCUUCACCGAUUCUGAAGAGCUCGCAAGUGCUUUGGAUUUUAAAAAACACAUUGAAGUUCUUCAUUACCUGCUCCAGCUCUGGCCAGUGCAACGUUUAACUGUCAAAGAACCCACAGACAGCCUGUGCCUGGAGCAGUCAUCUCUGAAUUAUCUGAGGCGAAAGAAAGAGCGACCGUGUGUAUUGAAUCUGAACAGUACGGAUUCCUCGGGGGUGCUGAGGCCAAGGCCGGCCAGGUUAGAGAGUCCACUCCGCAAUCGCUAUGCAGGAGACUGGAGCAGCUGUGGGGAAAACUAUUUUUCAAAUGUGAAAGACAGUUUCAAAGAUUUGGAUUAUGAUGAUGUUCCCUUAGAAGAUGGAGAAAAUAGAGAUUAUUGCAAAGUGGAUGGAGCAGAAGUCAUGAUUGGGCAGCAAAUCCCCAUGUCUGCAGCAUGCACAUUUCAGACGUACUUGACAAUGGAGACGAUUGAGUCCGCGGUGAAUCAGAAAGCUAACCUCAGAGAUCUGCAAGAAAGUAUCGAUACUUUGAUUGGCAAUCUGGAACGGGAGCUCAGCAAGAACAAGCUGAAUAUGAGUGUUUGAGAUUGGGGGCGGGGGUGGCUAAUUUGUGAUGAUGUCAUCAAGUUUCAGGUCAAGCCUCUCCAUUUCCUUUCUUAUUCCUCUCAUGACUUUUUUUUUUUUUAAAUGUUUAAACCUUAAGUUAAUUCCUAAUAAGUUCAUGUGAUUCAAUUAUAAACACUCUUCAUUAAUAGGAUUAUUUUAGUUAAGAACUGUUAGGGGGCAUAAAGGUAACUGGGACUUUGGGGGACAUUUUAAUAAACCUUGCUGGUUGCAUGGAGGAAACUUGGAGGUGUUUCUAAGGAUCAGGGAUGUUAUUUCCCCUCGAGUCUUGGGUGCAUUGUAAGAACUGCUCUUCUGUGGUGGGGACAGAUGUCCCUGCAGAGGACCCUGCCGCUCGCCAGGCUGAUUUGCAGUCAGAGUCCUUGUGCAAUGUCAUUUGGUCACAUUUCAUUUGCAAUACGAAUGCUGCUAUAAGAAAACUUUUUAUAAAUGUAAAAUUAUACAGAUAGUGAUGUAUUUUGUAUUAACAUUCAGUAAUUAUUUAAGCUUAUGAAAAUUAAAU